GGUAAAGUUAAAAACACAGUUCUUUCCCUUUGCUCUACCUUUGUGUGGUUCAUCUUAGUGUUGUGUUAAUCUCUCCGCGGAAUUCACUUCUUCUCCUGGAGGAGAAGCUUAUGCUGAAUCUGAUCAUUUCUAGGGUUUCUUCUGGAAGCUUCUCCCUUCGAUUCUCCUUGUUGCUUUCCGUCAUGAUUUGAUUUCCGGCGAUGCUGAAAUCUCCAGGCAGUCUGGCUCAUCGGUUCUUGUUAUUUAUCAUCUGGUUAUCAAGCUUCCAGGAUGUAGUUGCACCCCAUAAACUUCAUGAGCCUAGUAACAUGUCCUCGACCUCCGAGUUGGCAAAUCCACCUGGCACUGGACCAACUGAUCCUAUACAAGUGUCACCAUCUGUCAUCCCCCGAUAUGAAUCCCCUGCUGCGCCUUGGACACCAUCCAUGUACCCUACCUUUCCUAAUACAUAUGAGCCCAAUUUAACAGGGAGAUGUCCUGCGGACUUUUCAGCAAUUUCAAGCAUUAUGGACAGAACUGCAUCUGAUUGUUCCCAGCCAUUUGCUGCGCUUGUAGGGAAUGUGAUAUGCUGUCCACAGUUUGCUAGUUUACUUCAUAUUUUCCUGGGGCAACACAAUGCCAAAUCAGAGAAGUUGGUUCUGCCGGAUGCAGUUGCUUCAGAUUGUUUUUCAGAUGUCAUUAGUAUCUUGGUCAGCAGAAGGGCAAAUAUGAGUAUACCUUCUCUUUGCUCUGUAACAUCAUCAAAUCUAACUGGAGGUUCUUGUCCAGUUAAAGAUGUUAAGACCUUUGAAAAGCUAGUCAAUACCAGCAAACUACUGGAUGCAUGUAGCACUGUUGAUCCUCUCAAGGAGUGUUGCAGGCCGGUUUGUCAACCUGCAAUAAUGGAAGCUGCACUUGAGAUUUCGGGAAACCAAAUGGUAUAUGGUGAUAGAAUUCCCGUAGGGAGGGAGUCAAACAAUGUCAACGCAAUUAACGAUUGCAAGAAUGUGGUGUAUUCAUACAUUUCCAGGAAGCUCCCGGCAGACAUUGCAAAUACUGCAUUCCGAAUACUGUCUUCAUGCAAAGUUAACAGGGCUUGUCCCUUGGAGUUUAAUCAGCCAACAGAAGUUAUUAACGCUUGCCGGAAUGUAGCUGCUCCGAGCCCUUCUUGCUGCAGCUCGUUGAAUGCAUACAUUUCUGGGAUACAAAACCAAAUGCUAAUAACAAACAAGCAGGCCAUAGUCUGUGCCACAGUUAUCGGCUCCAUGUUAAGGAAAGGCGGUGUCAUGACAAAUAUUUAUGAGCUUUGUGAUGUUGAUCUCAAAGAUUUUAGUGUCCAAGCAUACGGAAUGCAACAAGGGUGUCUUCUCAGAAGCUAUCCUGCAGAUUUGAUAUUUGACAACACAACAGGCUAUAGCUUUACAUGUGAUUUAACAGACAACAUAGCCGCUCCAUGGCCAUCUUCAUCCUCGAUGUCUUCCUUGUCUCUCUGUGCUCCCGAGAUGUCCUUGCCUGCCUUGCCAACUUCUCAGACUCUUAAAAAUGAUGGGUAUUGCCAUGGUGCAGUGGAAGUGUUGGUUACUGUCUUUUCCAUUUUUGUUCUUUGGUGUGUUGGUGUUGUGAGAGUUUGAUGAUGGUGAUGAAGUUUUGUUGUUGUUUUGCGGUGGAUGACUCUGAUCAUCACAUACUUGCAGCUUUUUCUUUUUGUAUAUUAUCAUAGUACUACUGUCUCAUGUAUAGCAAACUUCAAAAGAUGUCUGGAGCCGUUCAAACCUUUAUUUUUA